CCUGAACUCAACAACAAGCCCUCUCAGGCUGGCCCAUUACAGCCAGUUGUUCUUUUCUUUUUCCUUUCCCUCUUUUUUGAGAGUCCUGUUUUUUCUCUCCCUGUCCCUGCCAGUCACAGCGUGAGUGGGUGUGUCGACGCGGGCCAGUGUAGCCUAGUUGCUGCUUGUGCGCACUCUGAAAACGAGGAAAAAGUUGAUGAUGAGUUUAGUGUGAUAGCGGCCCGCCUCUGAGCAGGCUAACCGUCCAGGAAUGGCAGUUUGGACCAGAGCGGACAAAAACGGUCAAUUGGACCUUCUGCUCCGCGACCGCUGGAUUCGAGUGGCCGCCGAACUCACUCGUGAAACGCUGACUUUAACGGCCGAAACGGACGUAACCGGACAGGGGAGCAAUCAUUGGGACUACAACAACUCUUCGGCGGGCCUGCGAAAUGGCAUGUCGAACGGAAAUGACCCGGGAUCGAGUCCGGGGAUCCCUAGCCGCGGUCCCUCCGCGGGUCAAGACCAACUCCAGAGCCAGAACCACGCGGGUCGGGGGCACAGAGCCAGUCCGGGGCGCGGUGUUGUCAGCCGGGGUCAAUAUGACGGCAACUAUGGUCUAAACAGCUCUGGGAAGUACCCGAAUAACGGCACAAACUCCGACUUUGGAAGUCCCAGCUCGAGCUACGGCAGUCCCGGGUCCAGCUUCGGGUCGAGACAGGGCGACUUCCCCGUUAGCCUUGACGGUUCUUCGGAAGCUGUGCGGAAAGUCCGAGUUGUCAAACAGGAGUCUGGCGGGCUGGGGAUAAGUAUAAAGGGGGGGCGCGAGAACCGGAUGCCCAUCCUCAUCUCCAAGAUCUUCCCGGGGCUCGCUGCCGACCAGAGUCGGGCUCUCCGAGUGGGUGACGCGAUCCUGUCGGUGAACGGGAACGACCUCCGGGAGGCAACGCACGACCUUGCGGUCCAGGCGCUGAAGAAGGCAGGGAAAGAAGUGACGCUGGAGGUAAAGUAUAUCCGUGAGGUUUCUCCGCUCUUCAAGAAGCCGUCCCUGGUGGCUGACUUGCCGUGGGACGGUGUCCGCCCGCAGUCACCCAGCUACAGUGGCAGUGAGGAUUCGGGGUCGCCCAAACACAGCAGCUCCUCCUCGUCCAAAGACAGAAAGGUCAUCAGCCUGAGGAUGUGCUUCAUCAGCAGGAACCUUACCAUGCCAGAUCUGGAGAACAGACUGCUGGAGCUCCAUUCCCCAGAUGGCCAGCACACAGUUGUUCUGCGCUGUAAAGACGGCCCUACUGCCAACUCCUGGUUCACUGCCAUCCACACCAACAUUGCCGCCCUGCUGCCACAGACCCUGGCUCACAUCAACGCCUACCUAGGGGCCUCACCCUUGACCUCCACACAUCCCCACCUCAAACACAUCGGGUGGUUGGCUGAACAGGUCCAGCUGGAAGGUGGACGACAGCAGUACAGGCCACUGGUCAUGGCGCUGACGGAGAAGGAUAUCCUGCUGUUUGAAUCAGUACCGUGGAACAGAGAGUCCUGGUCCAUGCCUCUGCUUACACACCCAUUGCUAGCUACCAGACUGGUUCAUUCUGGCAGUGCGAAGGGAUCUCCCUCCCAGGGGUCAGACCUCGUGUUUGCCACUCGGACGGGCACAGGGCGGGGUAUCGAGUCCCACGUCUUUCGAGUGGAGACCCACUGGGAUCUGUCUUCAUGGACACGAGCUCUUGUGCAAGGGGCACACGCUGCUGCUGAACUCAUCAAAGAAGUCUCUAUUGGUUGCACGUUGAAUAGGCAGGAUGUUCGACUGACACUGCACUACGAGAAGGGCUUCACUGUGACGAGAGAGCCAGCCGACCCAGCCGGUGGCGCCGUGCUAUACAGAUACCCCUACGAGAAGCUCAAAAUGUCCGCUGACGAUGGAAUACGCAACCUUUACCUUGACUUUGGGGGUCCAGAGGGAGAAAUGGUAUUUGACCUCCACUCUGGUCCAAAGCCAGUGGUGUUUGUCCUCCACUCCUUUUUGUCAGCCAAGCUCACUCGCAUGGGCCUGUUGACGUGAAGCAACCAACAACAGCAGUCUGGAUCAGGGGGCGGGCCCAGGCACAGUGGGGAGGGGAGAGAGAUGCCCCUAAAUUGCUGAUAAUGGGGGUAAAAGGACCAGUGUGUAGGAUUUAGGGGGAUCUAUUGGCAGAAAUGGAAUAUAAUAUUCAUAAUUAUGUUUUCAUUAGUGUAUAAUGACCUGAAACUAAGAAUUGUUGUGUUUUCGUUAGCUUAGAAUGAGCCCUUCAUAUCUACAUAGGGAGCGGGUCCUCUUCCAUAGAGCCCGCCAUAUUUCUACAUUAGACCAGAACGGACAAACCAAAAACUGGUCUAGAGAGUGCCCUUGGCAUUUUUACGUUACCUGAAGGCCACCGUAGCUUCUCCUACAUGCUCGGAAAGGGAGGGGUGAGGGGCGGGGUAUGCAGUUGGUUGCAAUCUGCAACCUCACCGCUAGAUGCCACUAAAUUGUACACACUGGUCCUUCAGCUUUUUAUUUUAAUUUUAUUUUUUUCCAGUUUCUCCAUUUUAGAGCUGAAGUUAGGCCUGAGAUGGCACUGCAGGGAAGAUUUAACCCAAGAGUUGUAUUGUUGAUUGUCUCAAAAAUGUGCCAUCUCUUCCAGCCUCUCCUUGGCCUCUUGCAGUCAUUUGUAUUGCAAGAGUAGGUAAGAGGAGUUGGCACUUUGCUUGAAGUCAGUUAUAAUAUAUAUGGAAAAAAUAGCUAUUAACAAUCUCAUAACAUUCCAUGUGAUAGCAUAUUAAAUUUCAUUAUAAUUAUCUUUUCUUUUUUUUUUUGGAUUAAAAAAAAGACACUAAAAUGCUGUGAUGUGCUUAUGAGAUUACAUCACUAGUGCACUUCAAGCAAAGUGUUACUAGAAGGAUAGGAAGGAUUUUUUAGACAAUUAACACACAGCCAAGCACAGAUUGGUAAAUGCUUCCUGUCUUUACUCUUUGCCUAUCAUUCCACGACAGCCUUCUAAUGUACUUUGGGCUAUUUUUAAUGUAUUUUUGUUUGUAUUUGUGUUGACAUGUGGGUGCUGUUUUAGAGUCAAAAUGCAGUUAAUUUAGCAGAGAUUGUGUGAAUGAAGAAAGAUGUGUCUCUGUGUCUACUACGUGUUGCUGUUGGCUUGAUAGUGUGCCUGCUGUCUGACAGACUCACCUUUUAGCACAUUAUCCCAAACUACUGUUGUAAUCAGGAUUGCCAACUGUGCCUUUUUACAUGUAGUCAAAGACACUCUUUGUAAUUUUUCCUUUUAUUUCACACAAUGAGAGAAUUUAAAGCUUUUGACAUGCACAAGCAAUAGUAUUACUCUUAGAGUGUAAACAAUAUUACUUUGUUUUUAUGUUAUUUGUUUUUUUUAACUGUAUCUCUUGAUAGCAUGACUUCCUGACAUUGAACUCUGUAUGAGAAGAUGAUAUAUGACAUGACCGUGUGUUACCUCCUUCACCUACACUACCAUGUUGUCUCCGUCUCAAUGUCGCUAUCAUCUCAUUCCACUUUUCUUGAGAUUACUCAUCUCUUGUCACCAAUCUAUAGCAUGACUUCUCUGGCCAAGGAAUGUUUAACAGGUUUGUUUCAAGGUGGGCCAUCACAUGACAGUGGUACCAGUGUAUUUUAAUAAUCUAAACUGUAACAGUCAAUGUAUUUAUAAUAUGUAAAAAGAGAUAAAAUAAUAGAAAAUAGGCUGAAAUGGAAACAAAAGAAAACCAAACUUUAGCAGGAAAGAAAUUCUGCUGCAUGUAGACAAGGUACGUCAAAGAAAACAUAAGAAAAAUGUAAUGCUAGUCAUAUUCUUGCUGUUUAAGUCCCUGAGAAAAGCAAAAAAAAGACAAAAAUGUUGUCAAAUGUUCAAAUAGAAUGCACAUAGUAGGCUAAAAGUGCACUAUUUUGAAUUAUAUCUGUUGCUUACAUAUUAUUUAUUAUGACCAAUGAUGUAACUCAUUCCAGUUGUCUCAAAAGGUGUUUGCUAAGAGCUGUCUCUGUAAUGAAACCAUCUAUGGACCAACUUAAGAGACCCUCGGAGCCGUCUUAGAUUUAAGAGUAUUUUAAAUCUGCUAAGUUUGAAACGUGAGGGAUUUUUGGUUUUAUCUGUCACUUAAGCCCAAAAUUUCCCAUUCAGCAGUUUGAUAUGGACCUUGGUGUACACCGAUGUUGUCUGUUUCCAGUGAGACAGUGAGAUGCAGUUGAAAAUAGUUGAAAACUCUAAAAAAAAAAAAAGUAAAUGGACCAAGAGUUAAGGUUAUUUAGCAAACUGCUAUCCUCAA